CAAAGAUUUAAAAAGUUUGAAGACUAUUCAAAGUUAAAAAACGGAAUUAGCAGAAGAGCAACAAAAACAAGUUUGGGUAAAGCGCAAAGAAAAUGGAAUCUGAAAGUCUGCUGAAUAAGGAGCAAGAAGAAGCAAGAAGAAGCCCUUCUUCCUUCACUUGUGGUGUUCUCUUCAGCACCUCCGUCGCUGUCGCUGGAUCUUUCUGUUAUGGCUGCGCCAUGUCAUAUUCGUCGCCUGCUCAAUCCAAAAUCAUGGAAGAACUGGGACUUUCUGUGGCAGAUUAUUCGUUUUUCACUUCAGUAAUGACAUUAGGAGGAAUGAUUACGGCCGCGCUUAGCGGAAAACUCGCUGCACUCAUUGGUCGUCGACGAACAAUGUGGAUCUCAGACGUCUGCUGCAUCUUUGGUUGGCUCGCUGUAGCGUUUGGACAUGAUAUUAUGCUGCUAAACAUUGGACGACUCUUCUUGGGUUUUGGGGUUGGUCUCAUAAGUUAUGUGGUUCCAGUGUACAUAGCAGAAAUUACACCCAAAAUAUUUCGCGGAGGAUUCACCUUUUCAAAUCAGCUUCUGCAAUGUUUUGGGAUUUCGCUCAUGUUCUUUACCGGAAACUUUUUCCAUUGGCGAACUUUAGCUCUUCUAAGUGCAAUCCCAUGUGCUAUCCAAGCGAUAUGUUUAUUUUUUAUUCCUGAAUCUCCUAGAUGGCUGGCGAUGUAUGGUCGAGAUCGAGAACUUGAAGUUACUCUUACGAGACUAAGGGGAGAAAAUAUUGAUAUUCUCGAAGAAGCAUCUGAAAUCAGAGAAACAGUGGAAAUUUCAAGAAGAGAAUCUGAAAAUGGAGUAAGGGAUUUGUUCCAUAUGAGAAACGCUCAUGCGCUAAUCAUUGGAUUGGGACUAAUGCUUUUGCAACAAUUUUGUGGGAGCUCGGCGAUAAGUGCUUACGCUGCUAGUAUUUUCGACAAAGCCGAUUUUCCAACGGACAUUGGAACAACCAUCCUCGCGGCUAUUUUGGUGCCUCAAUCUAUUGUUGUCAUAUUAACUGUUGACCGAUGGGGACGCCGACCGCUUCUAAUGAUAUCUUCGAUUGGUGUGUGCAUAUGUUCAUUUUUAAUCGGCCUCUCUUACUAUCUUCAGAAGCAUGGAGAAUUUCAGAAGUUUUGUUCCGUUUUGUUAAUUGUCGGUAUAAUGGGCUAUGUCUCAUUCUUCUGCAUUGGUCUAGGUGGAAUACCAUGGAUAAUAAUGUCCGAGGUAUUUCCGUUGAAUGUGAAAAUCACCGCAGGUAGCCUUGUAACGGUGUCAAACUGGUUUUUCAGUUGGAUUAUCAUUUAUAGUUUCAAUUUCAUGAUGCAAUGGAGCUCUUCAGGAACAUAUUUUGUUUUUUCUGGAGUUUCUCUUAUGACGAUCAUAUUCAUAUGGAUUUUGGUGCCUGAAACGAAAGGUCGAACCCUUGAAGAGAUUCAAGCAUCACUAGUCGGGCGCUAGUAAAUCUAAGUAUGAUAUGUUACAUUUCUUUUUUUUUUAAAAGAAAGGUUUUAUUUACAUGUUACAAACUUUUUAAUAAUGAAUACGUAGUUCUUUUAAAUUGUUUACUUUCGACUAACUUGUUUUAUACGGUUGAAAGUGAAAACAGCGAAAAUAUUAUGCUGUUAUAAAAUUUUAAA